AUGAACCCACAGCAGCAGAUGGACCACAGAGGCCAAGGCCAGUGGACGAUCACUGUAUUCGAGGAGGAGUACUUCCAGGGGAAGAGCUGUGAGUUCAACUUGGAGUGCCAGAACAUCCUGGACCGAAGCUUCAGGAAAAUUCGCUCCAUCAAAGUGGAGGACGGACCGUGGGUGGGGUAUGAGUACCCAGAGUUCCAGGGGCAGCAGUUUGUGUUGGAGAAGGGAGAUUAUCCAUGCUAUCAGGCCUGGAGCGGCAACAGCAGCUACCGUACCGAACAUCUUCUCUCCUUCAGACCCGUGAAGUGUGCUAAUCACAGUGACAGUAAGGUGACGUUGUACGAGUGUGAAGAUUUCCAGGGCCGGAAGUUCGAGGUGUGUGAUGAUUACCCCUCUCUGCAGGCCAUGGGCUGGUGCAGCAAAGAAGUUCCUUCCAUCAAAGUGAACUCUGGAGCGUGGGUAGCGUAUCAGUUCCCCGGGUAUCGUGGGUAUCAGUACAUCCUGGAGAGAGACCGGCGCCAAGGCGAGUUCAGAAAGUAUAAUGAGUUUGGCACUCAGGCUCACACCAACCAGAUCCAGUCCAUCCGCCGGAUUCAGCACUAGAUCCCUCAACGUACCCACGCCCACCCCUCGAACCACAAUGAUCA